AUGUUCAUGAUCUAUAUUUUAGAUGUUUCAGUCUAUUCGCCAAAGGCUGGCUACUUACCCCAAGUGCUUCGAACAAUCCCACCGCUCAACGACAAGAAGUUCAUCGAACAGAAUUUCGCUAAUUGCCUUGUGAAACCGUACGCGUUGCCGCCAGCUUACAAUAAUUACGACGGGUUUGUCGUGCUUCACGGCACUGACACAUUAGCAUACACGGCUAGCGCGUUAUCGUUUAUGAUGGAGAAUCUUGGGAAACCGGUGAUAAUUACGGGAAGUCAGAUACCAGUCGCUGAAGUGCGUUCAGAUGGUAUGGAGAAUCUCAUUGGUGCGUUAGUCGUCGCUGCAAAUCUGGACAUUCCUGAGGAGGCGAUCAAUAGAGGGUGCCUUGUUGUCAACUGUUCUCAAUGUGUCAAGGGGCAAGUGGAUGUGAACUAUGCUACAGGAAAGGUGCAACGCCGAAGUGCAAAAGCAUAA